AUGCCUACUUUCUCCGCAAGUUCUUGUAAAAUUAACUUGAUAUUGUAGUACAAAUCCCUAACACAACCCUUCGCAUACAGCGUCUAGUUAGAUUCUUCGCCAAGGACGGCAAAACAUAUUACGGAGAUGCUAUCCUCCCUCAUGGAGUAACUGACAUAUCGAAAGCCAAGCAAGCAAAAGUGAUCACCGGUGAGAUCUCUGGAAAGUAUAGUGUUACCCAACAGGUAGCCGAGAUCCGAACGUUACUCUCCCCAUUGGCAUUGGAAGAUGUUAAGACAGUUCGAUGUCUAGUCCUCAAUUAUGAGCAACACGCAAGAGAGGUAAAUUACCUCGCAAUGGACCGAAUAACCAGCAGUGAACUGUUUCCUCAAUUAUUUCUCCUUUCUAGGACACUUGUAGGUUAAUAGCCUGAAGCUUUUGGGCAAUAACUUCAGUUGUCCUAGAAAUUUCGGUUAAUCAUCUUGAAUGCUCAAAACCAUUAAAACAAUCAGAUCCGUUGAAUCAAGUUGCAAGAAUCCGAGGCUCUUUGCUGCCGCUUUCUUGUGGAACCCCAACUCAGGCUCGACACUUCUCGCUAACCAAAGCUUCAGUCAAAUAUGCCCAUCCCAAAAUUCCCAAUUCUAUUUGUAAGUACCGCCUUACCUCUCUGAAAAUAUUGUCUCACAACAAGUUAGUAUAAACCCGUGACUUCCCUUUCAGGACCCACCUCCACAAUACCAAUUCAUCCACUCGCUCAACAAGGAGAAGGACUAGACUACGAAUGCGAGCUCGUCGCCAUCAUCGACAAACCCUGCACCGACGUCUCUGAAUCCGAAGCUCUCUCGUAAGUCUUAGGAUAUAGCAUCGGCAACGACGUCUCCCACCGAGACUGGCAAAUCAAGCACGGAGGCGGGCAAUGGUCACUCGGAAAAGGGUUUGACGGGUGGGCACCUUGGAGUCCAGGAAUCGUCAGUAGUAGCAUCAUCCAAGACCCUCAGAACUUGAGGAUUUCGACAAAGGUUAAUGGGGUGACGAUGCAGGAUAAUAACACGAGCGAUAUGAUUUUUGGUGUGGCGAAGACCAUUGCGUUUUUGAGUCAGGGGACUGACUACUUUGCUACAUGGGGAUUUGAUUUUUACUGGGACGCCACAGGGUGUGGGCAUGGGGAGGAAACCUCAGGUGUGGUUGAAGGAUGGGGAUGUUGUUGAGGUUGGGCUUGAGGGCGCAGGUACGUGUGUUAAUAAGGUUGAGUUCAUGGAGAAGACGGUGGCAAAGCUGUAA